AUGAAAGCGGAUGAAGUCAAUAAGGAUAUUAAAAAAGGCUUUAAUAGUUGGGGUAAUGGGAAAAAGAAUAAAAAUAAUAGAGAGGGGCUUCAGGGGCAAAAUGGGAAUUCAACAACAGAAAAUGCUUUUUAUUAUUCUACUGCUGACUGUCGUGCUUCCAGCUCACCUGUUGCAUCACAAGCGAAUUCUUAUGCCGCCCCUGGACCGGUUGCCACUCUCCCAACUGCCGCUGCUACUGUUCAGGUCUCUGCUGCUGUUCCAAUCGUUGCUGCUGAAGAAUCGCAUACAACCCCUGAUGUUUCACCCAACCUCACAGCAGCUCCUGUUGUGAAUUCCGAGAACCCUUCAACCCAUAAUGCUAACUCUGGGUCACUAAAAAAUGGAAUAGAUCAUGGAGCUUCUCCGGUCUGCUAG